AUGAUCGCUUCGUUACUUGCAUUUGCCCUUUACGGCCUCGCAGCCUUACCUAGUGUCUCAGCUGGCGCUAACACGCCCUACUGUUCGGUCCUCGAGAGGACCAGAUCUACACUCGAGUGCCGCCCGCUGCCAAAUGACUUUCUUCAAGUGCGAGGCGCUUCCACUUUCGCUUCUGCUUCUGCUUUUGCCUCUGCCUCUGCAUCGUCGCGCUCAACCCCCGACGUCACUAUUCUGCAAGACACCUUCAAGGCCCUCGCCGACUUGCAAAAUGACUAUUUUAAACAGGCUCAUAAAACUUGGCCAGAUGCCAUUGAUUGGACUGCUGCCGUCAUCCAAACUAUUGUCUCGAGCACCAUGUCGACUCUGACCCAGUCUCUGGACGCUGCUGUACCAGGUCAAAACUGGAAGCAAAAAGAGAAUCUUCUUUCCUUUUUGCAUGAGCAAAUUGUCAGCUCAUUCUUUGGUCAACGGGCAAAUGAGAUUCUUACACAGGCGUAUGAUGAUGUGCUUUGGGUAGUUCUUGGCUGGAUAGAGGCUAUCAAGUUUCGUCGUCUUCAUGAGGACUUGCACUAUCCUGAAGGGGGAUUUAGUGACAAGUCUAUCCCAGAGGAUAUCACGCAAGCUGUGAAAACCAUGGCUUGGCACGGUCAGUUCUGGGUUGACACUUUUGCGCAUCGCGCCAACGACUUUUGGGCCUAUUCAACCACUGGCUGGGAUACCAAGUUUUGCCAAGGUGGCAUGAAUUGGAACCCGCGCCUCGAGAUGUACAAGAAUGCCAUUACCAAUGAGCUGUACAUUGCUGGCUCCAUUGCCAUGUACCAGCACUUUCCGGGCGAUCGCCUCAAUGGCACUGGCUCGCGUGACCCUCGUCAUCUUCAGGCAGCAAAAGACGGCUACCAGUGGUUGAUGAACGUCAACAUGACAAAUAGCCAGGGUUUGUUUGUUGACGGCUUCCAUAUCAACCGCAACAUCCCAGGCAACACCAAAUGCGAUCAGCGCGAUGAAAUGGUCUACACGUACAAUCAAGGCGUCAUUCUAACAGGAAACCGUGGGCUUUUCAGCGUCACCGGUGACCCCUCCUACGUUGAGGAUGGCCAUAGGUUUGUCAGGUCUGUCAUCGCCGCCACUGGCUGGGACUUGCAGAGGGGAAAGCCUGUUGAUGGUCUGAGGGGCGAGCAACUUCCCCCAUGGCAUGGGCUUGGCCGCUACGGGUAUCUGGAGGAUCAAUGCGAUGCUUCCGCUACAUGCUCGCAAGAUUCGCAGACGUUCAAGGGCAUCUACUUUCACCACCUGACAGCAUUCUGCAGACCCCUUGAGUUGACGCAUGGUAAGACCGAGGUCAACGAACAAGCUUUCGUGCAAGUGCGACAUGCACACGCCGCUUCAUGUCGCAGAUACAUCAACUGGAUUAAACACAACGCCGAUGCAGCACUGAAGACGCGAGAUGGCAACGGUCACUUUGGCAUGUGGUGGGGAGCCAACGUGUUCAUGGUGAAUGCGGCGCGCUCGGCUGACGGCAUUGACCAUUUUGCCGCCAACAAGACGGAUUACCGUAACGAAGGUACACCACGAAACCAGCUCUGGGGCGUCGAUGAUGGGUUUGUUCCUGGUGGCGGCAAUGCCACGACAAAUGUCGGUACACAGUUUUCGGCGGGUUCCAGUGAUCCCAACAGUCGCGGUCGCGGUCGCACAGUCGAGACUCAAGCUGGGGGGUUAGCCCUGCUGCGGGCUUAUUGGGAAAUCUCUCAGUCUUCAUAG